AACCUUUGCCAACGUCUUUGAGGAAUGUUUGAAGGAAGAGGAAAAAUCGGAACCUUUGACGGUAGACGUAGUUGCUCAGAAAGUUACCGAGGCAGCAUUCAAAAAGUAUAAUGAUAAAAGAGCUGCUUAUAAAGAUUGGGAAAAGUUAACGUGCGCCCAAGCAAGUCCAUUGUGGGCAAACGUGAAAGAUGUCAGACAGGAACUGGAAUUAAUGUCAAAGGGCAUGAAGUGGAAGCCUUCACAGGAUUUGAUGAAAUCGAUUAAAGUACUGGCUGAAAUACCCGAAUGGAAAGAGCGAUUACGAUGCCUAAUAGAUGUAUUGGAUAUUUUUGCAGUCGUUGAUGACGGAGAAGAAACAUUUUCGACGAUGCUUGCUGGCUUAGAAAAAGAAACAAUGCCAUUAAAAGAUUUAAAGAAACUAAUCUUAAGACUGGAAAAGGCAAUCAGAGCUCUUAAUGAUUAUUGCUGGAAAAUAAUCAAAGAAAUAGCUGCCGCUCACGAUUUAUUGAUUUGGCUUGAUAAAAUUGGAUUGGAUGAUUUAAACAAUGUAAUUAAUGGAGUUGAUGACCACUCUGACGAACGUUUAAUCCAGGAGGAUACAAUUUCUUCUCUUAUGGAAAUCAAACAGUUUUUGGCCCCACUCAGAUCGGAUGAUGUGCAAUUUCGAGUUUCAGGAUUUUUGGAAAAGCUCCGCGAAUUAACUGAUAAGAACAAAGUUCUCGCGGAAAGAAUUUCUCUUUGUAAUAGUCAUCGUUCUGCACUAAUGAAUAUGUAUGAAAACAUUACUAAUAGAGGCGAAGUUACGAAGGAGCGUAUAAAAAAUGCUGCGACAAAGGGAGUUUACAUAUUUAAACGCGAUAAGGAUGAAGAUCGGUGCUCUGUUGAGAUGUCUUACGAAACAGAGAAGG